UACAGCCAACUAACAUGGCAACACUGCACACCUAUGAUGUGAUAGUGAUCGGUCUCGGCAUCUCCGGUACGACAGCGCUGGCGCAGCUGGCCCGUGGGGGCCUGUCGGUUCUGGGGCUGGAGGCUACAGACCGCGUCGGGGGAAGAGUGAAGACAGUUGAGUUUGGAGAUGGGGUGGUGGAACUUGGCGCUGAGUGGAUCCACGGAACAGUGAACAACAGAAUCUACGACAUCGUCCUCUCCGUCGACCAGCCGGUCGCACCGCAAGACCUCACAUUCAGGGUCUACCGCAGCGACGGAACCCGCGGCGACGACGCUCUAGUCAACUCGCUGGUCGACUACUGCGUGGGCGGACUGUGGAACCCCAACGCGGAGGCGGCGGAGGGACUGGGGGACUACGUUCCCUGCGACGAUGCUCUAGUCAACUCGCUCAUGGACUACUGCGCGGGCGGACUGUGGAGCCCCAACGCGGAGCAGGCGGGACUGGGGGACUAUGUCGUGAGGGAAUGCAACAAAUACAUCCAAGCCAACCACCCCGGCCUCCUAAAAGACACAGACUUCAUAACAGAGUUCUAUGAAUUCGCAAAUCUCCUAAUGAACAACUACGAGUCUUCCAACGACUGGAACGACGUGACCACCUCGUCCACGUAUGAAGACCUGGACGGGGAACAGCACAUGUCGUGGCAGAGACAAGGGUUUAAGACGCUGUUUGAUAUUGUUUUGAAUAAACACAACAACGGCCCCGGCAUCCCCGGCGCCGACAUGCAGUUCAACAAGCCCGUCACACAGAUCAAGUGGAGUAAAAACCCUGCAGAGCCUGUACUGGUGUCGUGUGCGGACGGUCAUCAGUACAGAGCCAAGACCGUGCUAGUCACGGUGUCAGUCGGAGUUCUAAAGGAGAGACACAUGAAGUUAUUUGACCCGCCGCUCCCAGAACACAAGGUGGAAGCCAUAGAGACACUCUCCAUCGGAGUCAUGGACAAGAUCAUCCUGUCGUUCGCGGCGCCGUGGUGGAGCGAGGGCGAGAGCUUCAUCGGGUUCAUUUGGCGGACUGAAGAUAAGGUACGUGUCCCGGCGGAGGACUACUGGACGACGCGCAUAUUCGGCGCGUCCCCGCCGCGCGGCGCCGGCAACGCGCUCACGCUGUGGACCAGCGGGGAGGUGGCUAAACUGGUGGAGACACUGCCCGAGGACGUGGUGAAGAGGAAAGCCGUGGACCUGCUGAGAAGGUUCAUUGGAGAUAAAGUUACUGAACCUACUGGGAUGAUCAGGUCCACCUGGUACAGCAAUCCGUACACCAGAGGGAGCUACACAUUUGACAACAGGAUGCGGCACCAGCACCCGCGCGCCCGGACCUAUCUCGCUGAGCCCGUGCUGGACUCCGCUAACAGACCUAAGCUUCUCUUCGCGGGUGAAGCAACAAACGAGACCCACUUCUCGACAGUUCACGGCGCCUACGAGACGGGAGUGAGAGAGGCGAGCCGUCUGCUGGGGGUCAAGAGCAAGAUAUAAAACUCUUCGAAACUAUUUACUUCAAGAAAGUGUGA